GGCUGAGUCAAUGUGGCUGUGGCACACGCAGGGCUCCCACCCUGUGUCAAAAUGCAGCCGUGGCACAGGGCUUCAUGUUGGGAGGCUGCUCGGGAGGACUGCAGUGAGCAAACCUCCCACUGCUCCCAUUUCUGCUGCCUGCCUGGGAACUGGGGCGUGUGCGGGAUCACGCCCUUGGCCAAGCUGUGCCCGUAAACCCCGGCACUGCUGCUGCGCUGACACACCUCAGCAAGUGUGCCGGGAGGGCUGGAGCCUCUGUGGCUGUGCGGCUGUCCGCAGCGCUGUGCAGAGCCCGCUCUGGGUGCGAAGCAUCCCCUCUAAUUGCACCAGGACCCCUCUCUUUGGUGCUGAGUGCGCCUCCCGUUUGGAAAGGCUCGGGGACGGGCCCAGGCAGAGCGUCCGGACCCCCUGUGCCAUGGCUUCCUCCGAGCUGCCCCCCUGCCCCGCAGUAGGUGACCGCCUCGCCCCAGAGGCCCCCGGCGCACUGCCCCACGGCGAGGAGGACCUGGGCGAAGCCUUUGACUUUGAGGACAGCGACGAGGAGGACGACGAAGACUCAGCAGCCGAGGCCGAGCCGAGCAGGGGUGCGGUCCUCCAAGCACCCCCUCGCAGGCACCGUGCCACCAGCUCCAGCAUCGAGGGGCUGGUGCUGGAGACCCAGGAAGGGCUGCCGGCGGGGGUGAGCAAUGGGGAGGCUGGUGGGGCCCCCCCUGACAACAGCACCCAGACCUGGAAGAGGAAAAGCAGCCACCGAGGUGAGCGCUUCGAGUUCCCGGCGGUGGAGGAUGAUGUGAUUUACGACGACGUCCCCUGCGAAAACCUUGAUGCUGACCAAGACGGGGCAGAGCGCAGCCUGAUUUACGAGGACGUGCAGAGAGGCGAGGGGCCACGGGCGGGCGAGGAUUUGGGCUGGAGCUCCAGCGAGUUCGAGAGCUACAGUGAGGACUCGGGUGAGGAGAGCAAGCCAGAGGCUGAGCCGGCCAAGCAGCGGGCGUCCUUCCAGCCCAAGCUUUCUCCAGACCUGAAUAGACUAAAGGAGAGAUACGCCAGGACUAAGAGAGACAUCCUGGCUUUAAGAGUUGGGGGGAGAGACAUGCAGGAGCUGAAGCAGAAGUACGAUUGGAAGAUGACCCAGCUGAUGAAAGCGGCCAAAAGCGGCACCAAGGAUGGGCUGGAGAAGACCAAGAUCGCGGUCAUGCGGAAGGUGACCUUCCUGCACCGUAAAGAAGCACCAGGGGAUGGGGAGCGUAGGAGGAGGGCGGCGGAGGUGGAAAAGUUGCCGCCUGCCCCCAGCAGCUCGAGGGGGUUCCUGGAGCAUCGUGGGCGAGGGGACUCAGAGGAGGAGGACACGGGCUUCUUGGAGGUCACCGUCUCGGACAUGAAGCACCCACCGCCAGAGCUCGGCCCCAUGCCCGCAGGGCUCAGCCCCCAGCAGGUGGUGCGGCGACACAUCCUGGGCUCCAUCGUGCAGAGCGAGCGCAGCUACGUGGAGUCCCUGAAGCGCAUCCUGCAGGAUUACAGGAACCCGCUGAUGGAGAUGGAGCCCAAGGUGCUGAGUGCCAGGAAGUGCCAGGUGGUGUUUUUCCGCCUGAAGGAGAUCCUGCAGUGCCACUCUAUGUUCCAGAUCGCCCUCGCCUCCCGCGUGGCCGAGUGGGACUCGACGGAGAAGAUUGGGGACCUCUUUGUGGCCUCGUUCUCCAAGUCGAUGGUGCUGGACGUGUACAGCGACUACGUCAACAACUUCACCACUGCCAUGUCCCUCAUCAAGAAGGCUUGUCUCACCAAACCUGCCUUCCUCGACUUCCUCAAGAAGCGGCAGAUGGCCAGCGCGGACCGGGUGACGCUCUAUGGGCUGAUGGUGAAGCCCAUCCAGAGGUUCCCCCAGUUCAUCCUGCUCCUGCAGGACAUGCUGAAGAACACUCCCAAGGGCCAUGCGGACCGCCUGUCCCUUCAGCUGGCGCUCACAGAGCUGGAGACGCUGGCGGAGAAGCUCAACGAGCAGAAGCGCGUGGCUGACCAGGUUGCUGAAAUCCAGCAGCUCAGCAAGAGCAUCAGUGACCGCAGCAGCCUCAACAAGCUGCUGAGUUCGGGGCAGCGGCAGCUUCUGCUCUGCGAGACGCUGACGGAGACGGUGUACGGUGACCGGGGGCAGCUCAUCAAGUCCAAGGAGCGGAAGGUUUUCCUCCUCAACGACAUGCUGGUCUGCGCCAACAUCAACUUCAAAGGCCAGCUGGAAAUUAGCAGCCUGGUGCCCCUGGGCCCCAAAUACGUGGUGAAGUGGAGCACGGCCCUCCCGCAGGUGCAGGUGGUGGAGGUGGGGCAGGAGAGCGGUGCCUAUGACAAGGACAACGUGGUCAUCCACAACGCCGGCGCCAAGAAGCACGCGCCCACCGGGCCGGCCUCGCACAAUAAAGUCUACCUGGGGCCGCCACGGCUGUUCCAGGAGCUGCAGGAUCUGCAGAAGGACCUGGCGGUGGUGGAGCAGAUCACCCUUCUCAUCAGCACGUUGCACGGCACCUACCAGAACCUGAACAUGACGGUGGCCCAGGACUGGUGCUUGGCUCUGCAGAGGAUGAUGAAGGUGAAGGAAGAGGAGAUCCACUCUGCCAACAAGUGCCGCCUCCGUCUCCUGCUGCCUGGCAAGCCGGACAAGUCUGGCCGCCCCAUCAGCGUCAUGGUGGUCUUCAUCACUCCCAGCCCGCUGAGCAAGAUCUCCUGGGUGAACCGUCUCCACUUGGCCAAGAUCGGGCUGCGGGAGGAGAACCAGCCAGGCUGGCUCUGUCCCGACGAAGACAAGAAGAGCAAAGCUCCUUUCUGGUGCCCCAUCCUCUCCUGCCACAUGUCUGCCUUCUCCUCCAAGGCCCUUGAUUUGCAGCUCGGCGCCGCGGUGCACAACCCCGUGCAGUCCUCGCUACUGGGCUUCUCUGCCAUCAGCACCUCACUGCCGCAGGGCUACCUCUGGGUUGGGGGUGGCCAGGAAGGUGCAGGGGGGCAGGUGGAGAUCUUCUCCCUCAAUCGCUCGGUGCCGCGGACGGUCAAGUCCUUCCCAGUGGCCUCACCGGUGCUGUGCAUGGAGUACAUCCCUGAGGCAACUGAAGGGGACAAGACGGGGACUGAGGAGACCCGGGCGGGCACUGAGCAACCCCCUGCAGCACUGCACCCCACCGUUUGCUUGGGACUGCAGGACGGCAGCAUCGCAGUGUAUGGCAGCGUGGACACGGGGACGCAGUGCUUGCUGACCUGCAAGAGCCCAGGCAUGCAGCCUGUCCUGUGCCUGAAGCACAGCCCCGAGUACCUGUUUGCGGGGCUGCAGGAUGGCACCGUGGCUGCGUACCCCAGGAACAACGGGGGGCUGUGGGACCUGGCUGAGCAUCCCACCCGCCUGACCGUGGGCACUGGCCCCGUGCGAGCCCUCCUGACGCUGGAUGAGACCGUCUGGGCCAGCUGUGCCAACCAGGUCACCGUCCUCGACGCCUCCAGCCUCCGUGCUCAGCAAACCUUCGAGGCUCACCCGGACGUGGAGGCCAGCGUGACGCACAUGAUCAAGGCGGGCAGCGGUGUCUGGAUGGCGUUUUCCUUGGGCUCCUCCAUCCGCCUCUUCCACACCGAGACGCUGGAGCACCUGCAGGAGAUCAACAUCGCCACCAGGACCACCUUCGUCCUCCCAGGACAAAAACACGUCCGUGUCACCAGCCUGCUCAUCUGCCAGGGCUUGCUGUGGGUUGGCACCGACCAGGGCAUCAUUGUGCUGCUGCCCGUGCCCCGGCUGGAGGGCAUCCCUAAAAUCACUGGAAAAGGCAUGGUGUCUCUCAACGGGCACGGUGGCCCCGUGGAGUUCUUGGCAGUGGCACUUAGCACCCUGGCCCCCGACGUGCUGAAGGGCAACCAGGAGGAAGAGGAGGGUGAGGAAGAGAAAACCCCGGAGAUGGAUGGCCCCCCGCCACGGGAAAUGAGGAAAAAAGGGAUUUUGCUGCAAUACCGCCUACGCUCCACUGCCCACCUCCCCGGGCAGCUGCUGUCAGUGCGGGAUGCUCCGGCGGGGACCGGCGGCACCCCGGAGCACACGGAAGAGGACGGCUCCAUCUACGAGAUGGCCGACGACCCUGACGUCUGGGUGCGGAGCCGGCCCUGUGCCCGUGACGCUCCCCGCAAGGAGAUCUCCUCUGUCGCCAUCAUUUCGGGGGGCAGGGGGUACCGCAACUUUAGUGCCGAGCCGCAGCGCCGGGGCGGCGAGGCUGACAGCACCCUGCUCAUCUGGCAGGUCCCGCUGAUGCUAUAGCCCCCUGGGGACCCCCCCCCCCGGCGCCUACCUCAAAUCCACCCAUAAAGCUGCCGGGGGGUGGUUGCACCCCGGGUGUGGAACCCCUGUUUAUUUUUUUUUUUUUAAGGAGAAACAAACAG